AUAAGUGAUCUAAAGGGGAGACGAUAGGACAAAAAAAGUGAUGAUGAUGAAUACAUUGGAAAGUUUUUUGGCCCCAGCGAGGGUGUCAGAUUGAAUGGCCUGUGCGCAUGUGCGAAGGUGUCCAAACUGACAAUGCUGGUGAGAUGAAGAUAGUGUUGUUGCUGCUUCUGGGCUCACGGAGGACGACGAGAGGAAUCUACAAGCCGACAAGAUGAGAUCCAAGGCGAGGGCGAGAAAACUGGCCAAAAAUGACAGUGAGCCGGUGGACAGUAUGUACGACACAGAGGCUGACCUCCCGGGUUUAGCAGCCACAGGCGGUGCUGAUAGCCCAGAAGACGACGCAGAAGACGGCGUCAUCAACAUGUCCCCCCUGCCCUCACCAACUCCUUCCCAUCCAAACAACAACCACCACCACCUGCUGCACCCCCAAAUCUACGCCACCCACCACCACCACCUCAUUCACAACAACAGCAACAGCAGCAGCAAUGACCAGGACUUCACCACACCCAAGGAGGGCUCGCCUUAUGAGGCACCUGUCUACAUUCCUGAUGACAUUCCCAUUCCUGGCGACCUGGAGCUGAGGGAGUCCUCUGUGCCUGGUGCCGGCCUUGGUGUUUGGGCCAAGACAUGCAUUUGUGCCGGCGAGAGGUUUGGUCUCCACAGCACGCUGCAUCAUGACGGCACGGGCAAAGAUGGCUCCUUCGGAUGGGAGAUGAUGAAUGACCAGGAUGAAGCCUCCCCUGACAGUUGCAUCAAAAAGGUGGUCGAUGACAUGGGCAACGUCAAGUUUGCACUGGACCCAGGCCCGGAUGCCACCAGCAACAGCUGGCUUAAAUACGUCCGCUCUGCCCCGUCAUUUGAGGAGCAGAACCUCGCCGCCUGUCACCUCACUGGAGACCAGAUGUAUUAUAAAGCUGUCCGGGACAUUGAAGCAGGGGAGGAGCUCUUAGUGUAUAUGAAGGACGGUAUUUUCCCCGAGGGAUCCAUGGCACCCAACCUACAAGACGAGCAGAUGUACCGGUGUGAAGACUGUGAUGAGCUGUUCUCCUCAACACUUGAGCUGCGGCGGCACCAGAAGUAUUCAUGCUCCAGUACCGGCUCCAUCUUUGACACACUGAGAGAGGACUUCAAACAGGAGCGCGAGGACAGCGACGAGCCUGUUCACGAGUGUAAAGACUGUGAGAAGAUCUUCCCAAAUGAGUACAGUCUGGGCCAACACAUGAUAGUUCACACAGAAGAGAGGGAGUACAAAUGUGACCAAUGCCCCAAAGCCUUCAACUGGAAGUCCAACCUCAUCCGUCACCAGAUGUCACAUGACAGUGGCAAGCGUUUUGAGUGUGAAAACUGUGAUAAGGUACAGCAUACCCGGCACGUGUUCACAGAUCCUAGCAACCUUCAGCGUCACAUUCGCUCCCAGCACGUGGGGGCACGCGCUCACACAUGUCCUGAGUGUGGCAAGACGUUUGCCACUUCGUCAGGCCUUAAGCAGCAUAAGCACAUCCACAGCAGUGUCAAACCCUUUAUCUGCGAGGUGUGUCACAAAUCCUACACCCAGUUCUCCAAUCUCUGCCGCCACAAGCGCAUGCAUGCUGACUGCCGCACACAGAUUAAGUGCAAGGACUGUGGACAGUUGUUCAGCACUACCUCCUCCCUCAACAAGCAUCGCCGCUUCUGUGAGGGCAAGAACCAUUAUGGCUCUCCAGCAGGGAUGUUCAACCCUGGCAUCCCCAUGAGCUCCAGUCCCAUCAUGGCUAAGGUCAAGUCCCAUCAUCCCCACCUUUCAGGUCUAAACCAGUCAGGUUUAGGCUUCACUGACUACUUUCCCUCCCGACCUCACCCUCACGCUGGCAUGACCUUCUCCCCUGGACCCCAUGGAUUCCCAUCCCUCCCUCAUGGUUUCCCAGGUAUCUUCUCCCAAUCACUCUAUCCGCGACCACCUUUAUUGCCGGCUAGCUCAUUGCUAAAAAGCCCAAUGGGCGGUGGCAGUCAGGAGGUGAAACUUCCUCGGAGUCCCUUGGAUGCCCCUCCACUGUCCCUUGUUAGCUCCACAAACAGCAAUGGAGGAAACAGUUUGAGUCAGCUGGAAGACAAAGAAAAAGAGAACAAACUGGAUUUGUCUUCUGGAGAAGCUAAGACUAAAUCUAAGCUCACAGACAUGUCUGACGGUAGUGACCUCGAAGACGUUAAUACCACCAGUGGGACAGAUUUGGACACCACCACUGGUACGGCUUCAGGUGAUGGUUCUGACCUAGAGAGUGAGGGAGAGAGUGAACAUGAGCGAAGUCGUAAAAGGAGGAAGCAGUCUGAAGCCAUAUCAAGUAAGGAAGGCCACCAGUUAGAAGACACGAACAGUGCGUUGAUAUCAGCCAUGUCUAGUUCUGGUAACUUCGCUAUUGAUCGUCCCUUUCUUUCAUCUGCAUCAUCCCAUCACUCCUUCUUCCCUCCGCCUGAUGAGCAAGCCCUCCCGCCCACCCACACAAAUGCCAAUGCAGCCACAACAGAUUCCAUCAAAGCCAUCGCCUCUAUUGCUGAGAAAUAUUUUGGUCCAGGUUUGAUUGGUCUCCAUCAGGAGAAGAAAAUGGGUCCAUUGCCUUACCAUUCCAUGUUUCCCUUCCAGUUUCUACCCAACUUUCACAACUCCCUCUAUCCCUUCAGCGCUGAUCGAGGUGCCCUCAAUCCUAGCAUGUUUUUUAAGGCAGAGCCCAAGUCACCGCGCGAGCAGCUGCACAAGAUGGCUUCUGGUGCCCCAGGAGUUCCUGCCUCAUCAGGAGAGUCACCAUUUGAUCUCACCACAAAGCCCAAGGAGACCAAGUUAGCUCCUCCCACCCCAACCCACCCCUCAAACCCCAACAGUAGUACUGGGAGCAGUAGUGGACCUUUAGCAAAAUCUAGCGGUGAAGAACAGCCAUUGGACCUCAGCAUUGGCGGCCGGAGCCGAGGUGGUCAUAAUGGCGUGGCAGUUGAGCCACACAAUAGAAAGAACCACCUAUACGGAGUUGGAAAGGGGGUCUCCAUCAAGGACGAAAACCCAGCUGCAUUUCCACACCCCCAUUCCCAGUCGUUGCACCAAUCCUCCAUCGCCCAGCACCAGCAGCACCUGCCCCAGCCACACCAGCCACCACCCCUGCACUACGCCAAGCCCUCCGCAUUCUUCAUGGACCCCAUAUACAGCAGGGUGGAAAAGAGGAAGCUACUCGACCCCGUAGGAGCUCUGAAGGAAAAAUUCCUCAGGCCCUCAGCACCACUCUUCCAUCCACAGAUGUCAGCCAUGGAGAACAUGACAGAGAAGCUGGAGAGCUUUGGCGCUCUGAAGCUGGACAUGCCACACAAUUCGCUUCAACACGCUCAUCCACUGUUCAAUUUCCGCUCCCCUCCACCUUCCCUCUCAGACGCCAUCCUCCGCAAAGGCAAGGAGCGUUACUCCUGCAGGUACUGUGGGAAAAUCUUUCCUCGUUCGGCAAACCUCACAAGACACUUGCGGACACACACAGGGGAACAACCCUACAGGUGUAAAUACUGUGACCGCUCAUUCAGCAUCUCAUCAAAUCUUCAACGCCACGUCCGCAACAUCCAUAACAAGGAGAAACCCUUCAAGUGUCACCUGUGCAACCGCUGCUUCGGUCAGCAAACCAACCUUGACCGCCAUCUCAAGAAGCACGAGCAUGAGAACAUUCCUGUGAGCCAACAGUCCGGGAUGCUUUCCAACCUGGGAACCACCAUCUCCUCUCCAAACUCCGAGCCAGAAAAUCAUGCACUUUUAGAUGAGAAGGAGGACUCAUACUUCUCAGAAAUCCGCAACUUCAUUUCCAACAGUGAGAUGAACCAGGCCUCAAGCUCCACAGAAAAGAGAUCAGACCAGGCCGAGGAGGAACGCCCACCCAGCCACAGUUUGUCAAACUCCAAGCUAGGGCUCCAGGGGCUGGAGGAGGAGGAAGAGGAAGUGGAGGGCGAUGAUGAGGAAGAGGAGGAAGGCAGCUUGACAGAAAAGUCUCACGACGAAGCGCCUGAGUCCCCAUCUCCUGUCACAACAGGACUGUAUGAGGAAGACGACGAGGAGGAAGAGACGGAGACGGCUCCGUUAGCUAUGAGCUAUGAACACACUCGCAGGUGUAUAGAAGAGGGCUCUCUCUUGGACCUUGAGGGUCUGCCCAGCUUUCCCAAGAGCCUGGAGGGGUUACGUAAAGCAGCCAGUGACGAGCAACCCUUUGAUGUUAAAGACAUAUUUAACACUUCACUAGAGUCGGAGGCAUUGAAAGAGACAUUGUACAGGCAGGCUAAAACCCAGGCUUAUGCAAUGAUGCUGUCUCUCUCGGAGAACAACCCUUUGCACGCGCCCUCCCAGAACUCUCUGGAUGCUUGGCUGAGCUUGGGAGGUGGACCGUCUGAGACGAGCAGCUUUCACCCGCUCAACCACAUCUAGACCAGAGAGCGAGUGAGAGAGACGAAGUGGGAGAUUGAGUAGGAGGAACGUUAGUUUCACAAAUGGAUAGAAACAAAAGACUGAGUGAAGUAGUAGAAACGUGGACACCAGAGAAUUCAGUGUCAUAAACAUUUAAGAUAGAAAGAAUAUGUGUGUGUGUGUGUGUGUGUGUGUGUGUGUGUGUGUGUGUGUGUGUGUGUGUGUGUGUGUGUGUGUGUGUGUGUGUGUGUCUGUGUCUGUGUGUCUGUGUGUCUGUGUCUGUGUGUCUGUGUGUCUGUGUGCACGUCUUUGUGUGAGUGAGUGAGUGAGUGAGUGAGUGAGUGAGUGAGUGAGUGAGUGAGUGAGUGAGUGAGUGAGUGAGUGAGUGAGUGAGAUAAAGGAGGCAGAGAUCGUCCCUAAAUGAGGCAUCUCGCAAGACUCUGUCAAAAAGAAAGCACUGCUAAGCUCCUGUUGAUGUGAAGGACAUGAUGAAUGCUUCUCAACAGCAUUGAAACUCUGCAUUACUCUGAUCAUCCCCAAGUCCACAAGGCUCACUCCAGCACCACAGAGACUCUGCGUAAAGCUCUCAUAAAAACACUUAAUGACUAGUACGUCUCUAAAGUCUGUGUACACCUCCUUCUACAAGCACUGCAGCAUCGGCACUGCAUCAGCAAUGCAUGUCCACAUGGUGGUGCUGUUUCAGCAGGAACAUAGUGGGCGCGUGCACUACUGUCUCCAGGUUUCCCCCACCAAUCACGUGCGACUCAUUAACUGAUUUUGUUUCAGUUCUACCUGCAGAAUCAACAAUAGCACCGCACUAAAAGUUACUUGAGGAAAUGACAGCUCCAGUAGACUGUUGAUUUUUGAUGAUUACAUGGAGAAUGAUGUUCAAUGUUCAAAUGUGCAAAGCAACUGGUGAUUUUGAUGAGCUAUCUGGGACACUAGCCAUUGUAAUUGGUUACCCAAUUUGAUCAUGCUGAAAAUGAAUUUAAAUCAUACUCAAAAAAUGAGGAAAGUCUUUCUCUGCUUGUUUAUUUCAUCGUCAUUUGUUAAUUUUAUUCACUUUCUCUCCUCUUAGAUACCACAGUAUUGUUUUGUUGUAGGCACCACAGUGCUAAAUUGUUAAUAUAAUUAUUUUAGAGAAGGACCAAAAUUGUAUGAUAUUGUCAUAUGAUGUACAAAAUAACCUAGAUGUUCAUAGCAAGAGUGGUAUGUGCCAAAUAACCCAUAGAAAAUGUUUUGUUCUCUGACAAUCAUUUAAUUUCCAAGGGGCUUGCAUUUGCUGUCAUAGUUCUUUUUUGUUUUAUUAUUACGCUCUUAUAUAUAUCUGAUUUCAGAAGUGUGUGUAUGUAUUUAUUUCUGGUUGUUUUGUCAUGACUCGAGGAGUGAAAAUGAAGACAUGUCAUUUUAUCCCUCUUCUCUUGAUACUGAAGGAAUGAACGUCUAUCAGAGGGAGAUUCUGAAUCUCUGGUUUUGAUGCGUUAGUGUGCCAAAAUUUGAAAGAACCCAUGAAAUUAAUUGUUUUUAUUUAUAGUGAAAGAUAGCUGUAGUUAGCUCAGAUACUAUUUGGCAAUGUAACGUCCUGCAGUGUUUGGUUUUAACCUUUUUCAAUUCAACCAUUUACCCAGUAUGCUGAGUGUGUCUUUGAAUUGGGUGGAGUAUUACGGAAGGAUACUUGGACACCUUUCACUAUGAAGGUCAGAGGAGGCCAUUACGUUGUCACAUUAUUGAAUCUGACUAGUUUCUAACACAUCAAGCUCCUCCCCCCUCUGGUUUUUUAUUUUAAACAUGCAGUGUAAAAAAAUAUUAUUCUUUUUUAUAUUAGUUUUCCUAUGUUACAUGGUCUAAAGUCUAACAACAAAGUCUGCAUGAAUAUCUGGUCUUCGCUGCAAGAAACAACAGAACCGCCUGUCAUGCAAGCGGGAGGCAAAGACUUAUAAAACCAACAACACGAAACAACACCUGGAUUUAAAAUGUACAUAAUUAUGUCAGUUGGUCUUUCCAACACAUGCAAAACAAUAUGUAGUUAAUUUGAGAUAGAAAAACCCGGAAACACUUGAUCAUGAUUUGGACUUAAUAAUCCCUUUUUUCUGAAACCAUAAUAAAAACUCAUUCCAUGUUGUCCACUAGGUAGCUGUGCCAUGAAGGGCAUGAGUCAUUUACUGUAGAUAACUGUAGAUAGCUGCAGGAGCAGGGGGGUGGGCAUUGUGGAUUGUUGUUGCCUUGGUCCUCCCUGCGUACUGGGACUCUCAGAAUUAGGCCUGAUGCUGUUUUUUCAAAGUCGUACUUAAACCAUAUGGGUCCAAGCCAUAACCUGAUCAGGCUUAGGUCUCUAGAAAACAUAGAACACAAAAACAUUUUCGGACUGGUUCGUUUUUUCUCAGCAUAGAUGAGCAACUCGAAUGGAUAGAUAGAAAAAUUGAAACAGAAGCACUGUAAUUUUUAUUCAUGCCAGCAGGUGGUAGUGUGAUGCUGGGACUGCUACAUCAUCUCAUUUUUCUAAAGACAAAAGUCUUUUUUAUAAUUCUACUGAAUGAGAUUUAAUUCAUGGUAAACACAUUGUUUUCACAAGUCGUGGUUAUAAAACAUAAAGCCUUUGGUUGCUACGUUUUAAAAUUGACUAUAUGUAGUAACUCAUGUCAUGGACUACUGUAAUAAGUACGCGCUGUGGAAAGCUAAGGAAUUGAAGGCAUUGAAGUAUUCCAUUUUGCCAACUUCAGAAAGUAUUCUGGCAGAUGGUCGCUGAAAAAUGUUUCAGCAUAAUAGAACAUGGUUGCUGUUUUCCCCCCACUGUUACAGGAGAAAGUAAAAAUAUACUUACUGUUUCUUUUUAACUGUAUAGUAUUUUAAAGAAUGAAAAAACAAUGGUGCAUUUGUCUGAAAAAAAGAAAUCAUUGAAAAAUAUGGGUUUAAAUGGAUGGUGCUUGUUUUGUUCGAAUCUGAGUUGUAUAUCGCCUCUGUUAUGUUUAUUGAAAACAAACAACAAACAAAAAAAAGAUAUUGUGCAUGACGUGUUUAGCAGUCAUAAUGAUGUCCAUUUGUGAAAUGUGUAUCAAAUCAAAAAAUGAUAAAAAAAGAAAAGAAAAAAAUAAAUCCGUAGAUGCACUUAUUGUACAUGUGGUUAGAUUGUUAGGUUUGACUUCAAGUUCUUGACUGCCUUACAGAUGUUUGGGCAGCUGGCUCUGAAAGACAUUAGAAAAGACUUGUGGGAGAAGACAUAAUGAAAAACAAUAAAGGAUUGUAGAAUAAUAUUGAACAAUUCUGAAAAUUGCAGUUCUUUUGAUGCUUGUGAUUAUUGAAGAUGUACUUUAGAGAAAUUUCAUUGAAAGAUAUGACUCUGAUGUUAAUUCUGUAGAAUAGCAAUGUAUACCAAAUGUAAUCUUUCCAAUGCUAUGAAGAAUUUAUACAUGAAAUUGAUAUGCAAUAAAACCUGUGUGCUUUUUAAA